GGGAUUUUUAAGAGGAUUUUCUGUCAAAUGUUUAUUUCAUAUUUGUUAUAUGGUUUAUAUAUUAAAUAGGCUUUUAGACGGGUUUUGCUCGAAUAUUAAAUUCAGAAUAAUAUUCACAUCAUGCAAAAUUUUGUCUUCUCGCCUAAUAAUUGACAAAAUACGGAUUGGCGCUUGCCGCCCAUUUUUUUGCAAACUAAAAAGGCAAAGCAAAACUUUUGGUGUGAAAAUACCACAGGUCUGUGGAAAAUACUGUCCAUGUUUUUUAAUGCUUGCCAAAGUAUCUCCGACUUAAUACAACUUUUCUGUGAUCAUUAAAAAAUACAAUGGAGAAAAUAGUGGUUAAAAAAGAACCAGUCGAUGAUUCUGAAAGGAAUAUUUUGAUAAAUUAUGAUAUACCAAGUACGUCAGCAAUAAAAAAAGAAGAAUUUGAUGAUAAUGACAACUCCAUGAACAUAGAUAAAGACAAUUUUGAGGAAUCCAAGCAAGUUGAAAUGAAAUUCGAAGCUGGAGAUGAAAUGUUUCUAGACCAAGGGACCAACAGUCCUAAAGAAAUACUGAAUAAAGAAGUUAUCCCAAAAGCGAAAAAAGCAACUAUUUGCUCAAUACAUUUUGAUGAAAAGUAUUUUGAAAUUCCUUUAAAACAAAGGUUUUUGAAUUACUCCCACAAGAAUGCUCGUAAUUUAAAGGCCGAGGCCUAAUUUAAAAUUACCUGGAGGGUCAUUAGAUACUGCUCAAAAGCGAAAAUCUAAUUGUAUAUUAGAAGCCCAUAACACUGAAACAAUUACUGAGGAGUCAGAGCUUCCAACACGUGUCAUACAAGAAUUGAGAGAUCAGGCUGAAUUACUUAAGCUCAGACAAAAAGUAAAGAUAUUGGAAUCACAAAACAAAGUUCUUUUGAAGGAAAUCGAAAAAACUAAAUUGAGCACUCAUCAAAAAUAUAACACUAUUUUAGCAAAAGUGUUUACACCCGGGCAAAUAAAUACGUUGUUAAACCCAAAGAAAAACUUGAGGGUUCGUUGGUCCACGGAAGAUAUUGCUUCAGCCAUUUCACUGUGGAGUGUAAGCCCAAAAGCUUACAGAUAUUUAAAGGCAAAUAAUUAUCCAUUGCCAGCUAAGUCGACAUUAAGAAAAUGUUCAACACAAAAAUUGUUGUAAUUAAAUUAAGAAGCCUAAAUAAAAAUAUUUAUUUGAAAAAACUGUUCUACAACCUCUAUUACGUUGUCAAUUUUAA